UGUUUGUUACAAAACACUAUCCGUCAUUAUCAUCUUCUUCUUCACGUAACAAACAAACACUACAAACAUCAAAACCCUAAUUCCCCAAAUCACACAACUCCUACACUCUCCAUACUCAUAUUCUGCAUGAUAACCCUCUCCAACAACUCAACCAGAUCACCACAUUCAACAACAAUCACUCAAUGGGAGCCAGUAGAAAACUUCAAAUUGAGAUCGAUAGGGUUUUGAAAAAGGUUCAAGAAGGCGUCGAUGUGUUCGAUAGCAUCUGGAACAAGGUUUACGAUACGGAUAAUGCGAAUCAGAAGGAGAAGUUUGAGGCUGAUUUGAAGAAGGAGAUUAAGAAGCUGCAGAGGUAUAGAGAUCAGAUUAAGACAUGGAUACAGUCUAGUGAGAUCAAGGAUAAGAAGGUUAGUGCGUCUUAUGAGCAGGCUCUGAUGGAUGCACGGAAGCUUAUUGAAAAAGAAAUGGAACGGUUUAAGAUCUGUGAAAAGGAAACAAAGACAAAAGCAUUCUCUAAGGAAGGCCUCGGACAGCAGCCUAAAACAGAUCCGAAAGAGAAAGCGAAGUCAGAGACCAGAGACUGGCUGAACAAUACGGUGUCUGAGCUGGAAUCUCAAAUUGAUAGUUUUGAAGCUGAGAUGGAGGGACUAUCUGUUAAAAAGGGGAAAACAAGGCCACCAAGAUUGACCCAUCUAGAGUCAUCAAUUACUCGGCACAAAGCUCACAUAAUGAAGUUAGAGUUGCUAUUGAGACUGCUGGAUAAUGAUGAGUUGAGUCCCGAGCAAGUUAAUGAUAUUAAGGAUUUCUUGGACGACUAUGUGGAACGAAAUCAGGAAGAUUUUGAUGAAUUUGAUGACGUGGACAUGCUAUACAGCACCUUACCGUUGGACAAGGUUGAGUCACUCGAAGAUCUAGUUACCAGCGGUCCACCUGGUCUUGUUAAGGGUGCUGGCGCUACUGGUGCUGGUUUAAGCAUAAAAUCUGCGUUGUCUCCAUCAUCGGCUCCGUCUGUGGCCACAACUACAACAUCUAUUCAACAGGGAGAUACAACCCAGGAGCAAGUUAAUGAUGCGGGCCCUAAAAACGCUUCAAUAUUGUCUGCUUCCCCAACAGGAACCCAAGCAAUCCCUGUAGGUUCAAGUUCCGUUAAGGGCAUUUUGGACAAUUCAACCUCUUCCGUUUCUCCCUCUUCGAUAAACAUUGCAGCCAAGGGGGAAGAGAUCGGUCGAAAACCAUCUCCAGCCCUUCCCGAAUCAGGGUUAAGGAAUGUUGGUAGAACUGGUGUGACCAAUAUACCCGCAAUCUCCAUACCAGUUACCGCUAGUGGUACGGUUUCUAGCAGUGGGUCCCUUGGAGUUUCGUUAGAAACGCCACGGAGAGCUAUGUUAGGAGCUGAUGAGAGACUUGGUGGUAGUGGAAUUGUGUCGCCAUUGGUUUCUUCUUUGAAUAGUAGAAUGGUAUUGCCGCCAGGUGGCAAGGCCGGUGAUGCUGUUAGCGGCGGUGACAGUGGCAGUAAUGGUGAGGCGGCAGGGGUUACAAGCAGGGUGUUUUCGGCUUCUGGAGUUUCAGGCUUACAAUGGAGGCCUGGAAGCCCCUUUCAAAGUCAACAUGAAGGGAUUCAUAGAAGACCUGAAAUUGUACCAGACCAAAGGGAGAAUUAUUUGCAACGGUUACAACACGUGCAACAGGGUCAGGGUACCCUACUUGGCAUGCCUUCCCUUUCUGGUGGAAAUCAUAAACAAUUUACUACACAGCAGAACCCACUUCUUAAACAGCUCAACUCUCAAAGUUCAGCUGCAUCACCUCAAGGUGCAGGCCUUAUUGUUGCCACAUCAGAACAGCAAAAAGAAAGUUCAAUACUCAUACCAACGGGUUCGAAAGAUACUGUAGAUGAACCUCAGCAACAUCAAAAUCAGUUGGAUGAUUCUGUCACAAGUAAUGUGCUUGACAAAAAUACCGCCAAUGAGGAUGUUUCAAAGGUGUCAUACACAGUAGAUACUCAGGCUGGAGUACCUGGCUCAGUGACCGAGGCAGAUAAAGUGACCCGAGAUGUGGAUCUCUCUCCUGGUCAACCAUUACAGCCUGGUCAAACUGCUAGCUUGGGGGUGAUUGGUAGAAGAAGUGUGUCUGACCUUGGUGCAGUUGGUGACAACCCCAGUGGCUUAAGUUCGACCGUGGGACCCACUCAUGAUCAGCAAUACAUCUUGCAGUUGCUAGAGUCUUCCUUUUACAAGCUUCCACAACCCAAAGAUUCUGAACGUGCAAAGACUUACAUUCCGAGGCACCCUGCUGUGACCCCUCAAAGCUAUCCCCAAGUGCAGGCUCCGAUCGUUAGCAAUCCAGCCUUUUGGGAACGUCACGGAUCUGAUAACACUGGGACCGAUACUCUGUUUUUUGCAUUUUACUAUCAGCAGAACACGUAUCAACAGUAUUUAGCUGCAAAAGAACUGAAGAAACAAUCAUGGAGAUACCAUAAAAAGUUCAACACAUGGUUUCAACGACAUGAAGAACCCAAGGUUGCUACCGAUGAUUAUGAACUCGGAACUUAUGUCUACUUUGAUUUUCACAUGGGCAAUGAAGAGAUGCAACAAGGCUGGUGCCAAAGAAUCAAAAACGAAUUCAAAUUCGAGUACAGUUUUCUUGAAGAUGAGCUCCUUGUGUAAACACUUGUGGCCGCUUUUAAUGUUUUAGCAUAUUUUCAAGUUUUGCAUAGUUGCAUUGCCGCCUACAUGGUCAGAUUUCUUUUCUAGGUUUAUUAAUACCGAAGAGAUAUAUAAAUAAGUAGUUAGACAUGAUGUCAACCACAUCCGUAUUCAAACUCUCUUCAAUCGUAAAACUAUUAGAAAAGACGCAAAAUUUUGUCUCCUCAAUGGUAAUGGAGACAAUACGAUCCGAGAUAGAAGUUUAAGGGGCUGUUUGGCAACUUCUGAAUGGUUAAGUGCUAAACCAAUAAGAGGUCUGAACCAUUAAGUGCUGAAUCAGUAAGAGGUCUGAACCAUUAAGAGCCAGUAUAAUGCUUAACCGUUUAGAGGCAAAUGUCUGACCAAUUCAGAUUAGAGGUCUUAACCAUUCAGACUUAGUAUAAUGCUUAACCAUUCAGACAUCGGCUCGCGAAACAAACAGUCUGAACCAUUAAGUGCUGAACCAGUAAGAGUCUCAUUAAGAGGUAAACAAACAGCCCCUAACUCAUAUUCAACUAGAGUCAGCUCGUAACAAGAUAAGUUGACCUGUUCUUUUUUUACUUUUGAUAA